AUGGCCCGGUAUCUUGUGAAGAUCAUCGGUCUUAGUGCCCAGGCGAUGGGAAGGGCAUUCGUGAAGACGGUGCGCCAGGAGAUCGAGGCCUUCCAUGAGGCGGCCCGCCUCCAUCAGGCGCACAACAAGUGCGCGGACGAUGAUGCCGCCGAUGAGAAGGUAAAGGGUAUGACCCUGACCGAGGCUAGAUUGAUCCUAAACAUCAAGGAUUUGGGUGACCAAGAGCAGAUCAAAGCGAACUAUAAGCAUCUGUUUCAAGCCAAUGAGAAGCCCUCCGGCGGCACCUUCUAUCUCCAGUCGAAAGUCUAUCGCGCCAAGGAGCGCAUUGAUCAGGAGCUGACCAAGCUACAGGAUACCUUUCCAAGGGCAGCAGCACCGGAAACGGAAACGGAAGCCGGGAAGAUGCCAGGCCCAGGCCCAGGCCCAGAGAGCCGCAGUGACUAG